AACGACAACUCAAAAUUGUUCACCUUACUAAGAUUUUUGCAUUCACUGACAAUAAAAUUGCUAGUUGGAACUUGAACUAUCUGUUGUAAGCCACUUGAACUCACUUUCAGACGUUUCUGAGGAAAAGUUCAUCUUAUUUUAUAAACUGAGUUGAGUUUAUUUUGAAGUUGUAGUUGAAACCCAGUUAGAGUGAGUUCAACUUAUCUGCGCAUGCUCAUUUGAAAUUUGUCAUGGCAACCGGCUGCGACGGGGUUUCCAAGGAUUUUCCCAGGAGCUCCCUGCGAAAGUUUGCGUCCACCACGAUGCCAGCGGUAACUUUCCCUGACGUCUUUGUCGAAGAGAAACAUUCCUUUUAACGGUUUUCUAUGAAGUGUCUCUUCUGCAGCUUUGCCAGCGCCAGUCAAGAGCGUCUGCUUAGGCACCAUCGGCUCAAGCACAGAAGAGGAGCUUACUGGCCGUGUGUUUACAGUGACUGUGUAUGUACUUUUAAAACACCUGGUGCCUUAAAGUCACAUUUGACCAGAUCACAUUGUCAGACAGCCAAAAUACAAGAUAAAUUCACCUUUUUUUGUGAUCUAUGUGAAUUCCGGGAAAUCUGCACGCAGCAGUCUUUCUUCACACACCUUGGACACCAUUUAAAAAAACAUGAGACUGUGUGUUGCCCCUUCUUGAGAUGUAGUUUUAAAACAAACAAUCUAAAGACUUUUAGUUCACACAAAAGUAGGAAACACAAGCAUGGUGAUAUCAGAACCUGUUUAAGAGCAGACUUAGAAAAUGAACCUGUGUCCAUUGAGACAGAUUCCUCUGACCAACCAUUAGGUAUCUGUAAUGAGGAAGAUACACUUCCAAGUAGUUCUGGAAAUUCAGAUGUCCAAGAAAAGGAGGAGUAUGUAGAUGCUGAGACUCUUGAACACAGGGCUGCUGGAUUUUUUCUACGUAUGCAAACUGAAUUGCAUGUUAGUAGACACGCUGUACAGAAAAUAGUUGAGGGGUUUAAUGACAUUUUACAUCUUUCAGAAUCUCACUCUCAACAAGGUUUCAAAGCAGUGCUUGCAGAACAUGGCAUUGAAUUAGAUGAUAGUGUUCUCCAUAAGAUUGAUGCUGUCUUGGAAACAAAUCCAUUAAUUGUAAGCACUCAAGGAAAGGGUGCAUUGGCCACUGAUCACAGGAGAAAUCUUUUUUUUAAAGAUAAGUUCCCUGUAAUUCAGCCUACUGAGUAUACAUAUAAAAUAACCCAUAAACAAACAUUUGUUUAUGUUUCAAUCAUCCAGGUUCUUGGAACUUUGUUGAGACAGCCAGAUUUUGUGGAGAAGUUGGUGUUUAGUCAGGGGGACAACCCAGGUCAAUUUUGCUCUUUUCGAGAUGGACAGUACUACAAAGACAAUGGUCUUCUGGGUGUGCAAGAUGCAAGUAUCUCUAUAGGACUUUACAUAGAUGACCUGGAACUAUGUAAUCCUUUGGGGUCCUCAAAAAAAAUCCAUAAAAUUACUGCUGUCUAUUGGAUUUUGUUGAAUUUACCAAGCAAGUUUCGCUCUACUCUCCCCCUAAUUCAACUGGCUUGUCUUGGAAAAACUGUCGAUGUCAGACAAUUUGGGUAUGAUGCCUUUCUUUAUCCUUUGAUUAAGGAUCUUGGAUUUCUUGAAAAGAUAGGAGUGUAUAUUGAGGCUCUAGAUACGUUUGUAAAGGGAACAGUGUUCUGUGUCUGUGCUGAUAACCUUGGUGCACAUAGCUUAGCAGGUUUUCAGGAAGCUUUUAAUGUCGAAAAAUUCUGCAGAUUUUGUUGCAUCAGUCGAGACCAAAUUGGAAAUUGUGAACCAAGGAACUUUCCACUGAGAACUGUGACGCAACACGAUUCUUUUGUGGAACAACUCAAGUUGACUGAUAAGCCUAAGCCAUGUGUGAAUGGAGUUAAAUCAUCCUGUGCUUUAAGUAAGUUGUCUUUCUUCCACCCAGUUACUGGAUUUCCCCCUGAUCUUUUGCAUGAUCUAUUUGAAGGUGUUGUCGCAGUGGAGUUAAGUUUGUGUUUGAAAGAAUUGAUUAGAAAAGGUUUCAUUACAUUCGAUGGACUGAAUAACCGCAUAAAACAGUUUCCAUACAAAUUCUCUGAUUUGGUCAACAAGCCACAGGCAAUUACAAAGACGAGCCUUGCAUCUGGAAAGGUAAACGGUAACGGACAUGAAAACUGGGCACUUUUACGUAUGCUACCUCUCUUGAUUGGGAGCUAUAUACCUGAACAAGAGCAGUCAUGGGAAAUUUUAAUGGACCUUAAAGAGAUUGUGGAGAUUACGGUGUCUACUACAUUAUCAGAGGGAACAUUAUGUUACUUAGGGAAUAAAUUGGCUGACCAUCGACAGUUACUCACUGACACCUUUCCUGAAUUUAAGUUGAAACCAAAACAUCACUUCAUUGAUCACUAUGUGCAUCUCACACGGUGCUUUGGGCCAUUAGUGGAUCUGUGGACGUUUAGAUUUGAGUCUAAGCAUAGUUUUUUCAAACAGGCAAUUAAUGAUGCUCACUGUUUUAAGAAUGUACUACUCACCCUUUCCACUAAGCAUCAACAGCUCAUGGCAUAUCUUCUUGACACACAGCAAUUGUUCAAGCCAAAAUUGCAUGUUGGUAGUGUAGAUAGAGUGAAAAUAUCAUCUUUAGAUGAAAAGCUCAGGACAGUACUAGAAAAGAAGUACCCAAAUGAAGAUGAUGUGUCUCUUGCCAAAGAAGUACAUUUGUAUGGGACCCAGUAUGUGAGGGACAUGAUAGUGUCUGCGGGUGAAUGCAGUGGACUGCCAGAGUUCUUUAGAAUACUACACAUAUUGGUGGACAAGUGGUGGAAAGUGUAUUUUGUCACCACAAGGUUAUCAUCUUGGUACAUGGAACAUUAUCGGUCUUACCAACUCAUUGAUAACUGUCACUCAGAUUUAGAGAUCCUGGAUCCAGAGACUUUGAACGACUACCACCCAUUGGCUGCAUAUCAAGUUGCUAGAACUUUGAUGGUGACCCCAAGGGCUUGGCUACUGCAGUAA